CCGCUCUGGCUGAAGUAUACGGCCGCGCAGGGUCGCCGCGCCCGCCGACGGUCUGCGACGAGGGUGCCAUCCUUGGUUCGCCGACGGAGCAUGGACAUAUCCGCCGUGGCCCCCUCGAUCAUCUGCCUGGCGGUGGUGUCGCAGGUAUUUGGUGCCUGUGGCUUCAUCACGCGCUGCGCCCGCGAUGAGGUAUCGCCCCGUCGCUGCGCAGACAUGCUGUCCGCCGUCUCUCCGAGCUGGAUCUCCGCUCUGAUUUCCGGUCCCAAAACGAGUGUGCAGGAGCGUGCCCUUCAAGAGCAUAUCUUCAAGGUCCGCGAGAACAAUCGCCUCAGAAGUUUCAGAGCAAUGCAGCCGUUAGCAUUAGUUUAUGCACUUUUAAUGUUGUUCAAUGACUUCUUUGUGAAUGAUCGUUGGCAGUUAAUUGCCGACAUAUGGUCUAAUGAAUCUCCUGACGUGACAGUCUCGAGGGACUCGGCAUUAUGGGCAUCAAUCAUCUUUCGCACCAUCGUAGGCAUCGUUGGUUUUUGGUUCCAGCAGAACGCGAAUCUCACGUUUGUCAGAGGUUGGCACAUGUUUCUGUUUCUACGUUUGGUGUGGGAAUGCGUUUUUAUUAGUGAUGAGUCCUAUCCUUAUUGGCUGGCGAUCUCGGCGACAGAACGAGUGGGUUUGAGCGCUGGCCUAAGAGAGCCUAUCAACGCACUAGUAUUCAAUGUUGUAAUUUCGAUAUCUUGCUUCGUCUGGCACCCAUCUGCCCCAUUCAACCAGCACGUUGAAAUCCACCUCAACAUUAUCGGGCUCUCUUUGCUUAUUCCAGCCAUGUUCGACGCAAUCGGCUACGACAACCAGAGAACCGUCCUGGAGACUCAAGCCCUGCGCGAGGAGCAGCACAGGGCAACGGUUGAGGCGCAGGCCUUGCGCACUGCUGAAGGGCUGCUCUCAUCCUUGUGCGAUGCCGUUGUGCACCUCGAUGAAGACCUGCGGAUCAAGGGUCCUUCGCCCCGUCUGGCGGGGCUCCUGCUUCGGCAGUCCAGCCACGCGCUUGCGGGCGUGCCGUUCGCGGACAUGUCCGCCAGCCCGGCGGAGGCCAAGCGGCUGCUCGGCUUCCUGCGCCGGGACAGGGAGGGGUCCGGCAGCCUGCACACGUCGCUGCGCGAUUCCAACGCCAGCGCUGUGAAGGUCCAGCUCUACCACAUGCGGGGGCUCGACGUGGACGACCGCGCCUUCCACGUCGUUGGAGUGUGCGAGGAGGCCGGGUCGUUCCGGGAGCCCCCGGCGGCCAGCGCGGCCGCCGCUGCGCCGCUCUGCCAGCCUCGCGGCGCGAGCAGCAACCAGGUGCGGGCCCGCAGCUCCGCGGGGAGCCCGUCGGGGUCUUCGCUGUCGUCGUCGGCGCGGGAGAGCGUGAUGACGCUGUACCUCAACGAGGAGGUCACCCUGUACUUUCGGCCGUUCGUCGAAAGGUACCCGAUCGAGCACUGCUCGGUGGGCUGUGCCGGGGUGGGCUUGCCAACGCCCGGGGAAUCGCUCAUCGACUUCUUCGAGGGUAACUCAGAUGACUUCGUCGAGGCGGUGCAACAGCUGGUGAUGGCAUGGCACAAGGGCCACGCCCCCGGCCCGUACUGCAUGGGACGCCUGAGGUUUACAGCGCCCCGCUUGAGGCAAGCCAGGAUCGAGCUGCGUGCCCAGGCCGAGCUCUCCAUGCAGCACAACGCGGGCAUCGAGGACCUCGGCGCGUGGACGGUGAAGGCGUGCCUCUCCGACGUGCAGAAGGUCCUGUGCCUGGCCCCGCGGCGGGGGCCCCGGCGGCCGCCGCAGGACGUGCGCACCGCUGCCGCGCCGCGCGGCCGCCAGCCGGCGGCCGAGCUGCGCGGCGAGGGGGCGCCGCCUCCGAGCCCGGCGGCCGGCCGCCCCGGCGCGGCCCGCGCGCCCUUCGUCGCGGGCCCCCUGCUGCGCCGCCGGCCGACGGCCGAGGUGCGCCGGGAGGGCUGA